UCACUCGGGGACACACAACAUGCACAAGGCGACUUUGCCUCAGCUCUUCAGUCUACUCAUUGUGCUCUUGAUAUCAGGCUUGAACUGUUUGGAGAAGAACACUCAAGCACAGCUGACAGUUACCAAUCACUCGGGGACACACAACAUGCACAAGGCGACUUUGCCUCAGCUCUUCAGUCUAAACAGCGUGCACUUGAUAUCAGGCUUGAACUGUUUGGAGAAGAACACUCAAGCACAGCUGACAGUUACCAAUCACUCGGGGACACACAACAUGCACAAGGCGACUUUGCCUUAGCUCUUCAGUCUAAACAGCGUGCACUUGAUAUCAGGCUUGAACUGUUUGGAGAAGAUUACUCAAGCACUGCUGACAGUUACCAAUCACUCGGGGACACACAACAUGAAAAAGGCGACUUUUCCUCAGCACUUCAGUCUAAACAGCGUGCACUUGAUAUCAGGCUUGAACUGUUUGGAGGAGAACACUCAAGCACUGCUGAAAGUUACCAAUUACUCGGGGACACACAACAUGCAAAAGGCGACUUUUCUUCAGCUCUUCAGUCUAAACAGCGUGCACUUCAUAUUAAACGUAAACUCUUUGGAGAAGAACACUCAAGCACAGCUGACAGUUACCAUUCCCUCGGGGUCACACAAUAUGCACUAGGCGACUUUUCUUCAGCUUUUCAGUCUACACAGCGUACACUUGAUAUCAGGCGUCAGCUGUUUGGAGAAGAACACUUCAGCACAGCAGACAGUUAUUUUUCACUCGGGAUCACACAACUUAAACAAGGUGACCUUUUCUCAGCACUUCAUUCCAGACAGCGAGCACUUGAUAUUAGGCUUAAACUGUUUGGAGAAGAACACCCAAGCACAGCUGACUGCUACCAAUCGGUCGCGUCCACACACCAUGCAUUAGGCGACUUUUCUUCAGCUCUCCAGUCUACUCAGCGUGCUCUUCAUACUAGGCUUAAACUGUUUGGAGAAGAACACUCAAGCACAGCUGACAGUUACUAUUCACUUGGCGUCAUGCAAUAUGCAGAAGGCGACUUUUCCUCAGCUCUUCAGUCUGCGCAGCGUGCUCUUGAUAUCAGGCUUAGGCUGUUUGGAGAAGAACACUCAAGCACAGCUGACAGCUAUUUUUCAGUUGGGGUCACACAACUUAAACUAGGCGUCUUUCCGUCAGCUCUUCGGUCUACGCAGCAUGCACUGGAAAUCAGGCUUAAAAUGUUUGGAGAAGAACACUCAAGCACAGCUGACAGUUACCAUGCACUCGGGAUAGUAAAACGUAAACAAGGUGACUUUACCACAGCUCUCCAGUCUACACAGCGUGCGCUUGACAUCAGACUCAAAUUGUUUGGGGAAGAACACUCAAGCACAGCUGACAGUUACCAAUCACUCGGGGUCACCCAACAUGCAGUAGGCGACUUUUCCACAGCGCUUCUGUCUAAACAGCGUGCACUUGAUAUCAGGCUUAAAGUGUUUGGGGAAGAACACCCAAGCACUGCUACAAGUUAUCAUUCACUCAGGCGCACACAGCAUAAACAAAGUGACUUAUUGUCAACCUUUCAGUCUAAAUAGCUGAAAGACAUCGUUUACUCUAGCUAUACGCCGGGCCAGCAGAGCGCUUGAACCGGCACUCUCAGUAAAACAUUUUGCUGUUUUAUUCGAUGGAGCUCAAACUCUACACAAGGAUAGAACUUUUUAUCCUAAACAAUCGUGCGAUUUUUGUUUUCUGAAUUUAACAGUUUUUGGCGAGAAAAUUACGUCACAGUUCUGAAGGCAAAUUGUCAUUACAUGAUUCUGGAAGAACUCACUGAGAUAAUG